CAACAACCAGAACAGGCCAUAACUCCGGAACGCAGAGACAUCCACGGUGUUAGGAAGGGCAUGUGGCAGUCGCAGAAGCCAACUACCUACUAACCAGUAACCGCUAACCUCAAUUCAACUUCUCUGAUAGGCUGAUAUUAAAAAAUUAAAUGGGAUCAAUAACAUAUAAUGGCCCACUGCUUUCAUUUUCCUGCAAUUUCAAUCUGUCUCACCGUAAAUAUGGUUGCUCAUCUUCAUCAUCACUACUAGCUUCUUCUUCCUUCUUCCCGUCUCAUUCUCUCACCUCCGCUUCCACCUCGUCUUCUUGUAGUUGGAGUGACAACAGAAGAAGAUUUAUUCCAAGAUUUUGUGUUGCAAUGGCGACUGAUUCCAACAAGCCUACCGUCCUUGUUACUGGUGCUGGUGGUAGAACUGGGCAAAUUGUUUACAAUAAGUUGAAGGAAAGAUCCGAUCACUUCAAUGGGAGAGGUUUGGUCCGAACAGAAGAGAGUAAGCAGACCAUUGGUGGAGCAGAUGAUGUUUUUGUUGGAGACAUUAGGGAUCCUGAUAGCAUUGCCCCUGCAAUCCAGGGUGUUGAUGCUCUAGUUAUUCUUACUAGUGGUGUACCAAUUAUGAAGCCAGGAUCUAAUCCUGCCAAAGAAAGGCCUGAAUUCUGUUUUGCAGAUGGAGCAUAUCCAGAGCAGGUUGACUGGAUAGGACAGAAGAAUCAAAUAGAUGCCGCCAAAGCUGCUGGUGUAAAGCAAAUUGUGGUGGUGGGAUCUAUGGGAGGAACAAACCCUAACCAUCCCUUAAACAGCCUUGGAAAUGGAAAUAUAUUGGUUUGGAAGAGAAAGGCAGAACAGUAUCUGGCAGACUCUGGAAUCCCAUAUACAAUCAUAAGGGCUGGAGGCUUGCUGGACAAACCUGGAGGUCUCAGGAAAUUGCUUGUCGGGAAGGAUGAUGAACUUCUUCAAACAGAGACAAGAACUGUUCCGAGGGCUGAUGUUGCAGAAGUCUGCCUUCAGGCAUUGAAACAUGAGGAGGCGAAGUUUAAGGCAUUUGACUUGACUUCAAUAGCAGAGGGGAGUGGUGAACCAACUACAGAUUUUGGCGCUUUUUUCUCCCAAGUCACAACUCGUUUUUAAUUUUGUUCGUCGCAACAAAGUGGAUUGCCCCUGUAAUUUUAUUGCGUUUCAAGCAAAAACUUUGGUGAAUGUUUACUGCUUGUCUUUUAGGGCUCCUUUUACGUGAUAAAUUUCCAUGAAUGCAAUGCUAUUUGCCUGAAUUCGACCA